CAACAACCAGAACAUCAUCUAUCUGAAAUUUCGUAAAGGUUUUUUUUUUUAAAGAAUAGGUCCCCAUCGUAGAGGUUGUUAGUGGUCUUCCAUUUCUAUUCCACUUCAGUGACAUUCUCUCACCCAUUCAUACAUAGAUAGAAGACCAUGUCUAGUUUCAGGUGCCAGUCUGUUUCGAGGCUACGACUGCUUGCCUUUGUACUACCGGUACUAGUGGGCGUUUCGUCUGCCAAACCACCCAAUAUUGUCUUUUUGGUCUGCGAAUCGACCGACGGCCGGACAUGGCGUGAAGGGUACCAAGACAAUGUGAUUCCCUUGCCCAACUUGCGCCAGUUGGAAGCACAGCCGGGAGGCUACAGCUUUCACCGACACUACAGCAACUCUCCCGUUUGCUGUACUUCGCGCUCGACACUAUGGAGUGGCCGUCAUGCCCACAAGAUCCCACACAUUCAGCGCCAACAACACACCGACAAGACCACGGGAAAGAAAAGCAUCCGCGAAUUGGCCGUCAAUGGGGCUUGGAACAAUUUUGAAGGUCUCCCUGUCAACUUUCAGGACCGGAUCGAUCAAAUCUUGGAACGCAGUCUCAAUUAUACGGUGAAGCUUUCGGGCAAGCGGGAUUGGACCACAGGAGGACAUACCGACAAUGUCAAGAUGAGUGCAUGGACCAUGUAUACUCGAUUCCCCUACAAUAUUCCCAAACAAGGUGGAUGGGCGGACGAGCUGCCCUAUGUCUGUGGAGACAACGGGACCGUACGAGGACCCAAUACAUCGCCGCAUUGGGAUGAUUGGAAAGCACUCAAUGAGACUGUCGAUUGGAUGAAGGACUACCGAAACAGUCAAGAGAAUGGGACCAUUGAUAAGGACAAACCAUUCUUUGUCUAUCAAGGCAUGAAUAUUGUGCACCCACCCUAUCUGACCAAUGAACACUGGUACAACAAGAUUGAUCCCAACAAAAUCAACGUCCCAGAAUGGAUUCCUCUGGAGGAGUUACAUCCAUGUGAUUUGCAAUCAUCCAUGAUGAAGGGCUGCAUUCCCCCCAUGGACAAUGACACGGCCCGGGAUUUCUUUUAUGAUUACUACCGUCGACGCAACAUUCGCAGAAUUUACUACGCCAUGAUUGCCGAGUUUGACUCAAUGGUUGGAGCCUACAUGGACACCAUCCAGCAAAUGGGUCAGGAUGUUUGGGACAAUACCAUCUUUAUUGUCACCAGUGACCACGGUGACAUGCAAAUUGAGCACCAGCAGUCGUACAAGCAAGUGCCAUAUGAUGGUAGCAGCAGUGUCCCGCUGAUCAUUAUGGACGGUCGUGUCAAACAAAAACAAAAACAAAAACAGGACAAGAACAAACAAGUGAUUGACCUUCCCACGCAACUGAUGGAUUUAUAUCCAACCAUGAUGGACAUGGCAGGUGUGCCAUCCAGUGACUAUCCCUACGACAAACUCGAUGGACACUCCUUGGUUCCACUCAUGCAGGCGUGGUCACAGAUCAUGGACCCUACAUUGCCACAAUCUGUCAGCACGACAAAACGUCCCGAUUUUAUUGUAUCCCAAUUUCACGGUAUGAACAUUGCCAUGAGUUGGUUCUUGAUUGUAAGAGUCAUGCCGUGUGCUAAGGGCGCUGCUAGCGAACAUCUGCUCCGCUCGACAACUGAAGACAAGUGUGCCUACAAACUAGUCAUUUGGGGUACUGGCAAGGAAGUUGAUUCACAACUCUUUGAUUUGACCCACGAUCCGGAUGAAAUGACCAAUCUGAUUCAGAACGACAAUUACCAAUCUAUCACGACCAUGUUGGAAGGAGAUUUGAGGUCCGUCGUCAAUUACCCAGAGGUAGCUCUGGAUGUUGCAGCCUACAACAAGGACAGCAUGAGAAAUUGGAUGGAAGUUUUGGGAGAAAAGGCAUGGCGUGAGGCCAUUCACAGGCACCAGUUGAACUGGGAUACCACCUGGGAGCAUGAUAGUGCUGGGGCUUUCGCAGCUCUUGCAGAAUGGAUCAAUUCGACCAAAGUGGAGGUUUUGCCCUGUAGGAGCGAUCUUGUUUGGCCACCCCCGCCCGGCAAAACACAGCCUGAGGAAGGAGAUGCAGGGGCCACAAUGGCUGCAUCUUAGCCAAGUAGAUUCAUCAUUCAGACUUUUUUACGAUACUUCUAUCGUA